UAGCUAAGUGUGCUGCAAGGAGGCUCCAGCAGUUUGGAAAUCACUUGGGUCUGUGUCCUGACUUAGCACCUGACCAAUCUAACCCAGAGUAGUUUGGGAUCAUUGCUGUUCCUCUUGGAUCUAGGAAAAAAGAACUUGGCUCCUUCAUAAUCAUGUGUCAAACCAACAGAUACACCUUGAUGAACAGCCAGAAUUCAGAAGGCUACAGAAGGAAACCUCUGGGGGUAGUGUCAGAGCGGGAGUGCAAAAUCUGAGCUGAAUUAUUUGGGAUCAACUGAUACUUCCUUCUCUGUAACUCCAGGCACCUACUGGUUGGACAGUCUCACAGGCAAUGUGGGAUUUUGGGACAAGAUGUCGCAUGGAGUGGUCUUCUUCCCAUUUGUCAAAAGGUGGUAUGUCCAGUCCCACAGAUCCAGAAUGGGGAAGUAUCUGUUCUGAAGUACCGCUACAUGUACAAAGACACCGUUAGCUUUAAGUGCCAUAAAGGUUUCACCUUGCGAGGCAAUCACACAGCCCAGUGCCAAGCUGAUAAAACAUGGGAUCCACCAGUCCCAGCCUGUGAGCAGGAUGGAGUGGCAGAACACUAUCAUCAUCCUCAUACCACCACAAAGCCAGUAGUGAAGUGUCUGCCUCCUCCAAGCAUUGUCAACGGGGAACACAAUGGACAUUUCUUAGACACUUUUCAUGUAGGAGCACUUGUGCGCUAUCGCUGCAAACGGGGCUUCUCCCUCAUUGGGAAAAAAUCUGUUCAUUGUACAACAUCUGGAGUCUGGAGCCACCCUCUUCCUCGGUGUGAAGUUGUGAAGUGUCUCCGUCCUCCAAACAUAACCAACGGGAAGCUCAAAGGCAACAUCUCUGACACUUUUUCCUAUGGAGCAUCUGUAUCCUACAGCUGCAGUCCUGGUUAUUCACUCAUUGGGAAUGCUUUCAUCAACUGCACGGUGAAAGGAACCUGGAGCCAGCCUCCUCCUCAGUGCAAAGAGAUCAGAUGCGUAUUCCCAGAAGUUCAAGGUGUUAAGAAAGCCAUUCGAGGAAACAGUUAUCGCUCUGGGACUAAUGUCACUCUUGAAUGUGAUGACGGUUACACCUUGGAAGGCAUCAAUCAGAUUCAGUGCCAAGAAGAUUUCAGCUGGGACCCUCCUGUACCCGCCUGUAAACUGACGUCACGAAAGUCUGGUUCAGUAGGUGUAGGAGUUGUAGCUGCAGGAGUCCUGCUUCUCCUGGGGGCAGGCAUUGCCUGGAAAAUUAUUUCCAAGCAGAAGGAAGGGCUGGGCACCCGUGCUGCCGCCAACCAGGCAUGGGGCUGGACCUCUGUACAGAGAGCGGCUGCAGGCUGCAGGGAAGUGGUGCUUACGUUGAAAAUGGAAUGCUGUGGCAAAAAAAAAAAAAAAAAGACACUUUAUUAUAGAAACAACAUUAAUGCUCCUUCUGCUGCAAGGAUCUAACAGAGUUCAGGUUGCCUGUGGUACAGGCGCUACCUCUGAUGGAGUUCUCUACACUGCUGCCAGCUGAUGAGGAAUGUUUCCUUUCUCUAUAUGCAAACCUUGUGAUAAGUAAGAUCCAUGAAAGCAUUCCUGUGUAGAAACCAAGAGUUUAACCAAAACUUAAUAGCGACUGUAUCCACAUGUACAGCAUCACCAGGUGUUGUUCUGUAUCUUCGUCUAGGAAUGCUUAUUACUAGCAUCUCUCUCUGACUGCUUACCCUAAUAAAAGCUGAAC